UUGCCCCAUGCUGGUUUUACCCAUGUGUCUGUGGGGUAAAACGCCCCCCUCACCACAUCAUACAUUUGUAGGAUUAAAAUAAACCACUUUUAUGAUUUAUUUUCACACAAAAGCUGUUGCUCCAUUAAUGUUCAAUACACACAUAUAUGAUUAUUCUGCAAUCAUACACUAUGGGAGUAGUGAAAAGAACAUUUGCCUUUAGAUCCGUUGUAUAUAUUUUUCUUAACACAAGAUAUUUUGAAGAACAUUGUGAACCAACUAACAUUUGAGCCCAUUAACUUCCUCUGUAUGGACAAAAAUAAAAACACAGACAUUUCUCAAAAUGUCUUUUUAUGUUCCACAAAAGAACGAGUUCCACAGACAAAAGAGCAGUGUCCCUUUAAAGAUAUGUGGCUAUAACCAUAUUAAAAUGCCAACUCAGUUUUGUAACGCAUGGAUAGUAUAUCUUUAUUGAAUAAGUUGUUUUUGGUAGGACAGACUUUUGACGAUCAUUGAUGGAUUCCGACCACAUUAAAGGGUAACGUGCAAAUACGUGUCAUAGGUUAGCUAAUAAAGGUUAAAAAAAAAUUAAAAAAUUAUUAAGUGUUGAAAGAAGGAAUGAAUCAGGUGAGCAAAGUUUACUUUGGCCUAUUUUUAUUAAUAGUAUUAAUGAUGACGAUAAUAAUGUAUGUCAACGUGGGUUCUAGUGGCGGGAGUGAUUUGCAUAUGCAAUGUGCAUGCAUAAAUAAUGAACAGAUUACUGUAUAAAAGUUGCAGUACUGAAACAAGUGGCGUGAUUGGGCCUGUAACAAUGGUAUAAAUACGUGAUAUUUACAACAACGAUAACAACACGACGGCGGGGUGUGCGUGACGUCACUAACGACGCCACGCAGGGACAAACGCUUAUCGUUUUCUGUUUCAGCCGUUCAGUGUCAGGAUGAGCUCCUCUGUGGCCUCUAAGACUCAUGAACAUGCAGCAUCUGCAGACGACGGUCAUGUGUCUGAACCUGUCGCUGUCACAGUCAGUCAAAGUUCACAGUUUAGCCUGAUGGAAAUGAAUGAGGUAGAGUACUUACAGCACAUUAUCCAGAGCCAUAUGGAUGCUCAGGUGACAGAGACCGACAGCUCAGGCUUCUCACACCUUGAGGGAAGCCUGUCUGAUGACACAGAGAGGCAGAUCAGCUGCUCACCGUCGGUGUGCAAGUCAGACGUCACACCAGAUGAGCCGCGCUCCGUAUCCAUUCAGGAGAUCAAGAUGCUGCUGGUAAACGAGCCGAACGGGGUGCUGGGAUGUGAAACGACACCUUCCAGCGGUGUAGAGGUUCCAGGAUCUGUGCUGGACAGAGUUCAGUGUGCUGAGGAGGAGAGGACAGAUGUGCGCCAUCGGAGAGGGACACGGCUGCUGGAGGGGCGAUCGAGCCCACCUGCACGAGUCUGCCUGGAGAAAAGAUUUUUAUCAGUGCUUUGUCACUCUACGAACACUCCAGGAAUAUCCACACAUGCACAAAUUGAGAAAUGGAGUAAACCAGACAAGAUGGUGAAAAUACAAGGCACUUAUCCAUAUGAAGGACAUCUGUUCAAAACUGGUGGUCAACAGUCUGAGCUGAUCAUCCCUACAGAGUUGACCUUCAGUUUCAGAGCAGAUAAGGGUUCAGAGUCAGUGAUGAGAGCUCCGUUUGUCAAUUACACUGACACUGCUGACCAGCAAACUGCCACCACACUGAAGAAUGAGGUGGUGGGUAAAGCUGUGCGUCCCAUCAAGCGUGUCCGGCCAAGGGCUCUCAGGUCAUCUAAUAUCAUACAGGGCUCAGACAACUGGAAGACAUGUGCCAGUAUGUCCUUUACUAAACGUGACAGGACGAGACCUCUCAUGGAUCAAACUCAGCGCAAAGAAGUUCACAAUAGGAAGGAACGUGAUCGCAGGAGAAGAAUCCGUCUGUGCUGUGAUGAAUUGAACCUGCUGGUGCCGUUCUGUUAUGCUGAUACUGAUAAAGCCACUACACUGCAGUGGACCACAGCCUUCCUCAAAUACAUUCAAGAAAUACACGGAGACUGCCUUAAACAGGUUCCCUCAAACAUGCCACUGUUUUGUGUUUAUGAUUUCCAGAGAACUUUCUGCGGCAAGACUGGACUGCGGCUGAAGCCCAGUUGUGUUUCAGUAGCACAUCCUCUCGAACCCUGUCAAAACAUGACAGAACCUGAGAACACUUCACACAACUGACUUCCUGUUUUCUGCUGCAUACAGAUGCUCAGAGUUCUGAAUGUGAAACUGUAGUUUGUCAUUCAAUUAACAUUUUUCAUGUGGGUUUAUUGUAUGACCUGUUUCCAGUUGUCCAUGUCCAGCCCAGUUUAAAUGUGCACGCAGUCAGGACCAUGACCAUUUGUUCUGAUAGGCCAGGUCGAGUGAAGAGCGAGGCUUAACACAUUGUUUUGAUUGUUUGGAGACCAAAACAAAAUGACAUGACUGCAGAGGGCACUCAGUGCCUUUAAAGGAAUGUAAGAAACUACUGUAAUGCAGUUCAACUGUUGAACGAGAGAAAAACUGUGAUGUGUAUUUUUAUUAAUGUUUGUAUUUUUAUGCCUUGUUUCUUUUGAAGGGCAUGGCCAUUGUAUUAUUGUAUUUUAUAUAAAGAGUACUUUAAAUAAAAUAUUAUUUAAUACAUUUA